CGGACAUACAAGGCCUGGGCCUACUUUUACUAAUCUCCUCCUCCAUUUCCUCAUUUACAUAUUUUAUUUAUCAUCUCUCUCGUCUCUUUCUCUCUGCAUCUCUCUCUCGUUAUCUUUUGCAGAAAAUUCAAAGAAAUGGCGGAUCAGCUCACAGACGAUCAGAUCUCUGAGUUCAAGGAAGCUUUCAGCCUGUUUGACAAGGACGGCGAUGGCUGCAUUACUACCAAGGAACUUGGGACUGUGAUGAGGUCGCUAGGACAGAACCCUACUGAGGCGGAACUUCAAGAUAUGAUUAACGAAGUGGAUGCUGAUGGUAAUGGAACCAUUGACUUCCCGGAGUUCCUAAAUCUCAUGGCCAGAAAAAUGAAGGAUACUGAUUCUGAGGAGGAACUUAAGGAGGCAUUCCGAGUUUUUGAUAAGGAUCAGAAUGGCUUCAUUUCUGCUGCUGAGCUGCGUCAUGUUAUGACCAACCUUGGGGAGAAGCUCACUGAUGAAGAAGUUGAUGAAAUGAUACGAGAAGCUGAUGUGGAUGGUGAUGGCCAGAUCAACUAUGAAGAAUUUGUUAAGGUGAUGAUGGCCAAGUGAUGAGUGCUACAAGGGAUCCAAAACAUUUUCGUAUAAAAGUGAAUUUGAAGAAAAAAAAUGAGAAAAAUCUGAACAGGGUUUUUUUAUUUAGUAUAAUGGAUUCUGGGUACCUUGUUCACCAUUUUACAUAAUGGUUUUAAGUCAAACUUGUAAGGGUAUUUAGCGGUUUGUUGCUAUGGUGGUGGUGGAAUAUUCUGUUUCCUUUUGUGUUGUGAUUUGAAUUUAAUAUUAGCAGGUUUUAAAGUUA